UCAGUCGGAGAUGCUCCAUCUGCGGCGCCGUUCACGGUCGCCCCCGCCGACCAGGUGUUGGAGCACGGUGCGGGCGCGUCGUUAACUCGCAUGCAUGCGCCUGGCGUCGUCCUCCCCGGUCCGGUUCGCAGACCGCUGGGAAGAUGCUGAGCAGACUGAUGAGUAGCAGCAUCCGGAGUCUGGACCGGGAGUGCAACUGCACCGUGCGGCUGCUGGACGACUCCGAGUACACCUGCACCAUCCAGCGGGACGCAAAGGGACAGUACCUGUUUGACCUCAUCUGCCACCACCUCAACCUACUGGAGAAAGAUUACUUCGGCAUCAGAUAUGUGGAUCCAGACAAGCAGCGGCACUGGUUGGAGUUUUCAAAGUCCAUUGCCAAACAAAUGAAAUCUCAGCCUCCUUUCACCAUGUGCUUGCGUGUCAAGUUCUACCCACCUGACCCUGCUGCCCUCCGAGAGGAAAUCACCAGAUAUCUGGUCUUCCUGCAGGUGAAGAGGGACCUCUACCAUGGCCGCCUGCUGUGCAAGACCUCGGACGCUGCUCUCUUGGCUGCGUAUAUCUUGCAAGCUGAAAUCGGCGACUAUGACCCAGGAAAACACCCCGAAGGCUACAGCUCAAAGUUCCAGUUUUUCCCUAAACACUCGGAGAAGCUGGAGAGGCGGAUCGCCGACAUCCACAAGACAGAGCUGAUAGGCCAAAGUCCUGAAACAUCAGAGCUCAACUUCCUCCAGAAGGCUCAGAUGUUGGAAACGUAUGGAGUGGACCCGCAUCCAUGCAAGGAUGUGUCUGGAAAUCCAGCUUUCCUGGCUUUCACUCCAUUUGGAUUCACCGUGCUGCAAGGUAAUAGGAGGAUUCAUAUCCUUACGUGGGAUGAGGUGACCAAGCUGAAGUUUGAAGCCAAGACAUUCCAUAUAUAUGCAAAUCAGACUGAGGAUCAGAAGAUCAUACUGACUUACUUUCCGCCCACACCUGAGGCCUGUAAGCACCUGUGGAAGUGCGGUGUGGAGAAUCAAGCCUUCUACAAAUUGGAGAAGUCCAGUCAAGUUCGCACAGUGUCCAGUAGCAAUCUCUUCUUCAAGGGCAGUCGCUUUCGAUACAGUGGAAAAGUUGCGAAAGAGGUGAUGGAACAAAGUGCCAAAAUUAAAAGGGACCCGCCUGAAAUCCACAGGACGGGCAUGGUGCCAAGCAGGAGCUGUCCGUCCAUCACGCACGGCCCUCGUUUGACAAGCGUUCCGAGGACACGACGGAGGGCAGUACACAUCUCCAUCAUGGAGGGUCUGGAGUCCCUCCGCGACAGCGCCCACUCCACGCCGGUGCGCUCCGUCUCCCACGGCGACUCUUUCCUGCCCUCCCGAGGCCGCACGGUGGACCGCGGCGAGGCCAGCGCGUCGGCGGUCAUCUCCGACGAGGCCUACAGCCCCUCGGACAGCGUCCUGCCUACGCCUGUGGCCGAACGCGGGAUAGAGACGCACCUCAACGGCGCCCCCUGCAGCCGCGACGAGGACGAGGGCGGCGCGUCGCUGAAGGCGGAGGACAAAAGAUCCGGGAGGAGAGCCCCGCGGGCGCUUAAAAGCCGACCGUCGCCCCCUAGCGACGUGGAGGAGCUGCACAAGUUCAUCCUGAGCGUUCUGCGCUUGUUCCUGGUCACCAUCGGACUGCUCUUCGCCCUCCUGCUGCUCCUCAUCGUGCUGACGGAGUCCGACCUGGACAUUGCCUUCCUGAGAGACAUCCGCACGACGCCCGAAUUCCAGCAGUUCCACUUGGAGUACUUCUGCCCGCUGCGGCGCUGGUUCGCCUGUAAGAUCAGAUGGAUGGGAGGGCUCCUCAUAAGCAAGUAAAGAAUUGAAAAGAAGAUGGCCGUCCUUCACCCAGUCAAAAACAGUCGCAAGCCACGGAUUGUCCCACGUUUAUUCGUUUUCAUUUGUCAGCACUCGAGAUAGCACUCGUUUUACUUCAUGAAGAGUUCUAUAAACGAUUUUGGACACUGGAAACGUGCUUUUCUCAAUGAAAUUACAAUAUAGUGACAACCAAUACAAGUGCUGUUCGGAAAUGUAAGAAAAGAUUCAAAUGCCACUUUUGAGUAACAAUAAGUACUAAGUAAGUAAUAAUGAAAGGAGAGAUU